CGCUGCGCCCGCUGUGCGUCGGUGCGUGAGUCCGACCCCGCGCGCUCCGGAGCGGCCCGUGAGCUCACACUCGGCUUCCACUGAGCCUUAGCCUGCUUGCCGCCGUCGCCGUCAUGCUGGGCGCCCCUCUUCGCCGCUGCGCGGUAGCAGCAGCCGCAGCUGCCCGGGCCAGCCGUCGAGGCCUCCUGCACUCCGCCCCGGCCCCCGGCCCCGCCGCCGCUGUCCAGUCGGUUCGCUGCUACUCCCAUGGGUCACAUGAGACAGAUGAGGAGUUUGAUGCUCGCUGGGUGACGUACUUCAACAAGCCAGAUAUUGAUGCCUGGGAAUUGCGUAAAGGGAUGAAUACACUUGUUGGCUAUGAUCUGGUUCCAGAACCCAAAAUCAUUGAUGCUGCUUUGCGGGCAUGCAGACGGUUAAAUGAUUUUGCUAGUGCAGUUCGCAUCCUAGAGGUUGUCAAGGACAAAGCAGGACCUCAUAAGGAAAUAUACCCCUAUGUGAUCCAGGAACUUAGACCAACUUUAAAUGAACUGGGAAUCUCCACUCCAGAGGAACUGGGCCUUGACAAAGUGUAAACCCCAUGGAUGGGCUUCCCAAGGAUUUAUUGAUAAUGCUACUUGAUUGUAAACAGUCACCUGGAAAUACUGAUGAUAACAUAUUACCUUAUUUGAACAAGUUUUCCUUUAUUGAGUACCAAACCAUGUAAUGGUAACUUGGACUUUAAUAAAAGGGAAAUGAGUUUGAACGGAAA